UAUGCUGUACUUCCCAAGAUUCGUUUCCUCCAACCUCUCCACCACUACACUCUCUCCACACUCAAACUUAUAGAGAAAGAGAGACUUAUAUAAAGAGAAACCUUGGUAUAUACCAAUUCAUAGUGCUUCAUUUGAAUUGUUGCCCAUUCAAACUACCCUCAAUACUUCAUCAGUCAGAGAAAUCUGCAUGCAUAGAGAGAGAGAGAAACAAAUACCCAGAUGGGAUUUGAUGGGAAAUAAUUAAACUUGUUGAAAAAUCAAAAAACAUCCAGGUCAGGUGGAUUUGAGUGCAAUCUAAAUCUUAGAGAGAAAAUGGGGUGUUGCUAUUCAAGCUUUGAGAAAGAAGAAAUGGUUUCAAGAUGCAAAGCAAGAAAAAGAUACAUGAAACAGUUAGUAAAAGCAAGACAUUCUUUUUCCAUUUCACAUAUAAUGUACUUAAGAUCCUUAAAAAACACCGGCGCCGCCCUCCUCCAGUUCGCCACCGCUCAAACCACCCUCCACCACCACUCGCCACCACCUCAAACUCCACCACCACAGCCACCACCGUCACCACCACCUCCCAUGAGUCCAACUUCAGAAGCAGAAACAACAUCCACCACAUACACCGCAUCCACCCCACGUCCUCCGCCAUCACCGCCGCUGCGGUCGUCCACGUGGGAUGCAUAUGCAUGGGACCCAUUCAUGCCGCCGCCGCCGACGAGAUCAGACGGAGAAGAAUGGGAAGACAUGUCCACAAACGUUAAUGCCUCAAGCGAAAUGGCGGUGGUGGUGGCGGCGAAAAGUAAGGGUUUGGUGGAGAUUGUUAAAGAACUGGAUGAGUACUUUCUCCGGGCGGCGGAUUCCGGUGGAAAAGUGUCGGAGUUGUUGGAAGUUCCGGUGUGUAGCAUUUCCAGCCAAGGAUCAUCAGGCAAAGUUCAUGGGUACGGGAAGAAUUUGAGCCCAUUGUUCAGUUCAACCACGAAGUUAAAUGUGUUUGUAAAAUUUGGUUGUGAUGACACUAGCGGAGUUGGUGCGGUUGGUGGCGGCAGUAGCCAUUGUUCUACGGUGGAGAGAUUGUACUCAUGGGAGAAGAAGCUAUACCAAGAGGUUAAGAAUGUGGAUAGUUUAAAGAUCGAGCACGCAAAGAGGGCAGAACAAUUGAGGAAAAUGGAGCUUAAGGGAGUCGAUUAUAUGAAGACCGAGAAAGCUAAGAAAGAGGUUGAGAAACUUGAGUCGAAAAUGAUGGUUUCUUCUCAGGCGAUCGAGUCAGCCUCAAACGAAAUAGUCAAACUCCGAGAGGAAGAGCUUUACCCACAGCUUGUUGACCUUGUUAAAGGAUUAAUGGGCAUGUGGAGGAGCUUAUAUGAAAGCCACCAAGUCCAAAUGCACAUAGUCCAACAGCUCAAGUACCUCCACGUCAUCCUGUCAGCGGACCCCACCACUGAAUCCCUCCGCCAAGCGGUUGUCCAACUCGAGGUCGAGGUCCAACAAUGGCACCUAUCCUUCUGCAGCCUAAUACAAAGUCAACGAGACUAUGUCCAAUCUUUGACCGGUUGGCUCCGUCUUAGCCUCUUCCAGUACAUAUCCCAAACCAAACAAGAUCCUGCCAUCUACACCCUUUGUGAAGAAUGGCAGCGCGUGGUCGAUAACGCCCCUGACAAAGUAGCAUCCGAGGGCAUCAAAGCAUUACUAACCGCGGUUCAUGCUAUAGUAGUCCAACAAGCUGAAGAACAAAAGCAGAAGAAAAGGGUGGAAUCGUCUUUUAAGGAGCUUGAGAAGAAAACAGUUGAGCUCCAAGCUCUUGAGCGUGAGUUUGGCCCGUCGAGUAGGAAGGACCCGAUUGGGGACAAAAGGGCCAAAGUGGAGAUGUUGAGGGUAAAGACAGAUGAAGAGAGGGGCAAAUAUGAGAAAUCAAUUGGGGUAACAAGAUCCAUGACUUUAAGUAACUUACAAAUCGGAUUACCGCACGUUUUUCAAGCUGUGACAGGUUUCGCUAACGUGUGGACCCAAGGGUUCGAGUCUGUUUACAACCGUGCGAAGAGGCCUGAGGAGGCGCACGAUGUAAAGCGGCCAAUGCUUUAGAGCGCAUUUAUUUAAAAAAAAUCAUGUUAAGUGAGGCAUGUUCAUGUAACGAAAAGUUAGUUUUGGACUAUUAACAUAGUGAUGUGGAGGAGGGCAUGAUAUAUUUUUGUAAAGAAAAGAUUAUUCACAUUUGAU